CUCUUCUUCAUCCUAUUGUGCCAUUUGACCUUUUUUCCAUCUUCUUCUUCUUCUUCUCUAAGAGGAGGAAGAAUAAGAAAGAUAUAUUACUAGCUAAUUGUUUCUUUCUUUGAUAACCCAUCAUCUUCAUCUUCAUCAUCUAUCAGAAUUCACAAUGAACAACGACGACAGAGUUUACCCUUCUUCCACCAAACCACCCGCUAACGGCGCCGUCCCAGCCCCACCUCCAGGCGCCAACAACAACAACAACGCUGCUGCUGCUGCUUUUCCAGCAACCAAAGCUCAACUCUACAACGCUAGCCGCCCUGCCUAUCGCCCCCAACCUCGCCACCGAAGUCGCCGGAGCUGCUGUUGCCGUUGCUGCCUAUGGACCACCUUUUCCAUCAUCCUCCUCCUUUUCCUCCUCGCCAUUGCCGGAGCCGUCCUCUGGGUCAUCUACCGCCCCCACCGACCCAAUUUCUCUGUUUCCACCUUCCAAAUCUCCCAAUUCAACCUCACCGGCUCUUCUAAUUCCCAACUAAUUACAUCCACCUUCAAUCUAACCCUGAUUGCUCGCAACCCUAAUAAAAAGCUCGUUUUCUUUUACGAUCCCAUCUCCGUCUCCGUCUCUACUGACCGGGGAACACAUCUUGGUGACGGAACCUUCCCGGCCUUUACUCAUUCAACCAAGAAUACGACCACUUUGAAGACCACGAUCGGCGGCGGUGGAGGACAGAGCAUCGACGACGCAUCGGCCACUGGGUUGAAAUCAGAUCUGAAGAAAAACAGCUUGCCAUUGAAGGUUCAAUUGGAUACCAAGGUUAAGGUGAAGAUGGGAUCCUUGAAUACGAAGAAGGUGCCGAUUAGAGUUACCUGCACUGGAAUUAAUGCGGCGGUGCCGACGGGAAAAACACCGGCGACUCCGGCGUCGACGGGGAAGAUUAAGUGUAAGGUGGAUGCUCGGAUCAAGAUCUGGAAGUGGACCUUGUGAGCAAGUUAAUAAUAAUAUUAGUAUAAUAUAUUUCUUCUUCUUUUUUUGUAUUUUAUUGAAAAGAAUGCCUGAUUUUUUAUUUUUAUUUUUAUUUUGUUAUCUGGUUUGAUUUUAUUUUAUUUUUUUGGCCUUUAUUUUGAAGUGAUUUCGAUCUGUUUGAUUUCAAUUUUCUUUUUUAUAUGGUGAUGGAGGGUAUUAUUAAUAAUAAUACUUUUGUUUUUGUAAAUGAAGAAGACACAAGCUUUGAUUAUGAUGAUGAUAGUGUUAAUUUGCUUUAAUUAGGUUUAUAGACUUUUAGAUCAGUAUUGUUAUU